GAACUCCGUGCCGUUUUUAAAAAUUCUUGUUGACUAUCUCGUCGUUCGUGGACAGAUAGAAAAGGGCACUCUUCGAGUGGCGCAUAUAAGCUCCAAAGACCAACUUGCUGACAUUCCGACGAAGCCAUGGCCGCGACAGUUACUCACAGACUUGGGCAUCAUGAUCGGAAUCACCGUCUUACGGAAGGAAAAAGGAACUAAUAUAUUCUAUACAUAUUUCUACGCCCCAUCCUUAGAACUUGCCUUGCCCGCUAGGUUUAAUCUCGUCAUUCUCCUUUGUAUAAGGAUCUGCAAUACCUCUGCAAUGCACGGCCGAACACAUUCCUUCCUCUCUUUGUAAUCUGUUAUAUUUUCGAACGCGAUUUUGGUAUUCGAUCGCAGAUGGGUUCGAGGCUCGAGUGGGACGUCUUCCUCAGUUUCCGAGGCGAGGACACGCGCCACACCAUUACGGCGCGUAUCUACGACGCGCUCAAGGAGCAGGUCAGUGUGUUCCGCGACAACGAUGCCCUGAGACGCGGCGACGAGAUCGCUCCGAGUCUUGUGGAGGCGAUCGAGGACUCGGCGACCUCCGUCGUCGUCUUCUCCCGGAGGUACGCUGACUCUCACUGGUGCCUCGAGGAACUGGCCAAGCUCUGCGAUCUCAGAUCAUCCCUUGGCCGGCCGAUGUUACCCAUCUUUUACGAGGUCGAUCCCUCCCAUAUCCGCAAACAGAACGGCCAUUUCGCCAAGGAUUUCGAAGAGCACGAGAAAAGAUUCGACGUGGAGAAGGUACAGAGAUGGAGGAAAGCUAUGAAUUUAGUCGGCAAUAUCGCUGGGUUUAUGUACAAAAAUGACUCGGAAGAUGACAUCAUAGAACGUGUUGUGAAGAGGGUAUUAGCUGAACUGAGCAAUACACCGGAGAAAGUGGGAGAGUACACGGUUGGGCUCGAGCCGCGACUGGGAAAGUUGAUGAAGCUGCUGGACAUGGAAUCCAAUUCUGACGUUCAAGUUCUUGGGCUCUACGGCAUGGGUGGCAUUGGCAAGUCAACCCUUGCAAAGGCCCUAUACAACAAGAUCGUGGGUAAUUUCAAGCACCGAGUUUUCUUGUCAAAUGUUAGAGAAAGAUCAUCAGAACAAGAUGGUAUGAUCUCCCUGCAAAAAAUAUUAGUCAAUGAGCUGUUCCAUGGCAUCCCUCAAAUCGAUGAUGUCAACAGUGGCAAAGACUUGAUAAAAGAAAGAGUCCAUGACAAGAAGAUUCUUGUGGUUUUAGAUGAUGUUGAUCAUGUAAAUCAGGUUGCUUCACUGAUUGGAGAAAGAAGAUGGCAUGGUGAAGGAAGUGUACUUGUCAUCACCACCAGAGAGGAAAAUAUUUUGAGUCUGUUCAAUGUCGACCGACACUACGAGGUCAGUUGCUUGGACGAGUCAGAGGCAUUGAAGCUAUUUAGUUACCAUGCACUACGGAAAGAGAAACCGACAGAUAGACUAUUGCAGUUGUCCAAGGAUAUUGUCUCAUGGACAGGACAUUUGCCAUUGGCUUUGGAAGUGUUUGGUUCUCUUUUGUAUGACAAGAGGGAGGAAAGGGAAUGGCGAGCUCUGUUGGAGAAGCUGAAAAAUAUCCAACCAAAAAAUCUUCAAGAUGUCCUGGCAGUGAGUUACCACACUUUGGACAAUGAAGAACAGUGUGUGUUUCUCGACAUUGCUUGUCUCUUUAUCAGAAUGGAGAUAACAAAAGAAGACAUCAUAGACAUUCUGAAAGGAUGCGGGUUUAACGCAGAGGCAGCACUCAAUGUCCUGAAACAGAAAUCUCUUGUCAAGAUCAUGGAGGAUGAUACUCUGUGGAUGCAUGAUCAGAUUAGAGACAUGGGAAGGACAAUUGUCCUAAAUGAAAACAUUACUAAUCCUGGAAUGCGAAGUAGGCUCUGGAAUCGUGCUGAGAUUAUGACUGUCUUGAGGAAGAGAGAGGGAACAAGAUCCAUCCAUGGGAUUGUAUUUGAUUUCAAGAAGAAGUUUGUGAGAGACCCGAGUGCGGAUGAAAUAGCAUUGAGGAAACUCCAGGCCAAGCCCAACAUCUGCUCAGUGUUUGAUUACCUGAGGACGAGAUUUAGAAAACGCCGGCCUGAGGAAAAACCAGAAAAUGAUGAGAUCUGCAUUAGUGUAGAGCCUUUUAAAGAAAUGACUAAUUUGAGUUUGCUUCAGAUUAAUCACGUGAAACUGGAAGGCAAGCUUAAACUUCUCCCACCUGAACUCAAGUGGUUACAGUGGAAAGGAUGCCCUUUGGAAAAGCUUCCUUCAGAUUUCCAUGGAGGGCAACUCUCUGUUCUUGAUCUUUCAGAAAGUAGAAUAAGACAAGUCUGUGGUUUGAGCAGCAAAGGGGUGGCUGAGAGCUUGAAGGUUGUGAAUUUGCGUGGCUGCCACAGUUUAGAGAUGGUUCCUGAUUUAUCAAAGCAAAAGGCACUGGAGAAGCUUGUCCUUGAACGGUGCAAUCGUCUGGUGAAGAUUCAUAAAUCUGUCGGUAAUCUGAGAACAUUGCUCCACCUGAAUCUCGGAAAUUGUCCUAACCUUUCUGAAUUUGUUACGGAUGUUUCUGGUCUGAAGCAUCUAGAAAACCUUAUCCUCUCCGGUUGUUCAAAGCUGAGAGAGUUGCCAGAAAACCUCGGUGACAUGCAAUGUCUGAAAGAGCUUCUAGUGGAUGAAACUGCCAUUACAAAGUUACCCGAAUCUAUAUUCCGUCUUGAAAGCCUUGAAAUGCUAAGCCUGAAGGGUUGCAGAUCUAUAAAAGGGCUACCAGUAUGCAUUGGAACAUUGAUAUCUCUGAAAGAACUAAACCUUAAUGACACUGCACUGCAGGAUCUGCCAAGUUCAAUUGGACAUUUGAAAAAUCUUCAGAGGCUGAGUUUGAUGCGGUGUGCAUCGCUUCAUAUGAUCCCCGACACUAUCGGUGAGCUUAUAUCGUUGAAGGAACUAUUCAUCAACGGUAGCGGAGUGAAGGUGCUACCUUUCUGCCUCGGUUCCUUGCCAUGUUUGGCUGACUUGUCAGCGGGAGAAUGUAAAUUGCUGAAACAGCUGCCUGGUUCAAUCGGGGGAUUAAACUCUCUUUCUCAACUUCAGUUGGAUAGAACACCGAUCGAAAAUCUACCGGAAGAGAUAUGUGACUUGCCCUUCAUUCGCAGACUUGAGUUGAGGAAUUGCGAAUUUCUCAGCUUUCUCCCCGAGUCGUUUGGAAACAUGGACACACUCCACGGAUUAUACCUCGAAGGAUCUAACAUUGAGGAAUUGCCAGAGUCUAUAGGCAAGCUGGAAAACCUUGUGAUACUCCGAAUGAACAAAUGUAGAAGGCUCCGGAAGCUUCCGGAAUCAUUUGGAGACUUGAAGUCUCUUCACCAUCUUCACAUGCAGGAAACUCCUGUCAUAGAGUUGCCUGAAAGCUUUGGAAAGCUCUCAAACCUAAUGGUCCUGAAAAUGCUCAAGAAGCCUCUUUUCAGAAGUCUCAGCAACAAUGUCUCCGAGGCUGCAAGUCCAGGCAGAGAACCUCGGUUUGUAAAACUGCCAAACUCUUUCUCAAAUCUAUCCCUUCUCGAAGACCUAGAUGCUCGUAGUUGCAGAAUAUCGGGCAAUCUCCCGGAUGAAUUUGAGAAACUGUCCUCUCUGAAGAGCUUGGAUCUGCGCAAUAACUAUAUUCACAGCCUGCCGUCUAGCCUCAAGGGAUUAUCUAAUCUCAGAGAGCUUUUGUUGUAUGACUGCCAAGAGCUUAGGUCUCUUCCCUGUCUUCCAUCAAGCCUGGAGAAGCUGGACCUGACCAACUGCUUCUCACUGGAACGUAUAGAUGACAUCUCAAAUCUGGAGUUGUUGCACUAUCUCAGUCUCACAAACUGCCAGAGAGUUGUCGACAUUCCAGGUCUCGAGCGCUUGAAGGCCCUGAAACGGCUGUACCUGGCUGGCUGCAACGCUUGCUCCAUUGCAAUAAAGAGAAGACUUUCCAAGGUUUAUCUGAGAAACCUGAGGAAUCUUAGCAUGCCCGGAAGCAGGAUCCCGGAUUGGUUCUCACAGGACACCGUCACAUUCUCAGCCCACCCGAACAGAGAACUCAGAGGCGUAAUUCUGGCUGUUGUGGUGGCUCUUAACCACGGAAGUUCAGAUGAUUACCAAUUGCCAUCUGUGGUGGGAAUUCAAGCCCAAGUCCUCAAACUUGACCUGCCCUUAUACACCCACACGUUGCAGCUCUUUGGAGUGCCCAGAACGAACCGAGAUCAACUCCAUAUUUGCCGGUACCCUGCGUUUCAUCCAAUGGUUGCAUCCUUGAAAGACGGUUACAAGAUACGGGUGAUAAAAAAAGAUAUGCCAUUCAAACUCGGUGUCGAGCUAAAGAUGCAUGGGAUUCAUCUGGUUUACGAGGAUGAUGAUGAUUACAAAGGAGAUGAACAUCUACUGAACGAGACACAGCAAACGGUUUCACAGAAACUUGCCAACUUCUACAGAUCAUUCGAAGAAGGUGAAGAUUCUGAAUCUACACCUACAUGAUCAACUGCCGAAAAUCAAAGAGGAAAAACCCUAGAAGAGGUUGUCCAUAUGUGAAAGUGAAACACUGUCAUUGAAGAAAAUAUCAAAACAUUCCUAAAGUUGUAUUACAAAACUCAAGCUUUACUUGCAUACCAGAAAGUGUUGUGGUAUUAAAACCGAGAGUUGCUUUGUGAUCUCGCCAUGGAUACACCAGACAUUGCAA